CCCACACUCUGCAUAACAAUUGCAAAUUAGCUCCAAGUGAAAGUUUACGUCAAACUCAGCUCAAGUGGCAGCCGCGCUGAGGCUCAUCCGUUCCGUGACUGCAGCCGGUUUUUGGGCGCCUUUGUUGACAAAGUUAUUGGCUCCGGGUCUCUGGUCUCCGGUCUUAAUGGCGGCGUAAUUGAUUUGCAUUCGAUGCGAAUUGAUUCUCGGCUCGCGACCGUUCGAACGCCAAUUGGCAAUUUCAGUCGCUAAUCAAACACCCAACACCGAAGUCGAGGUCGAGUCCCAAUCCGAGCAUUGAAGCCGCGCCAUGUCCUUGUCUGUGGCUAGCCGUCGUCGCUAUCAGACGACUACGUCUACGGCUGGGACAACGUCUACGGCUGCGCUGCCCGUGCGCAAGCAGCACUCGCUCAUCGAGCCGCCCAGCCACGCCCACGCCCACGGCCAUAGCCACGCAAACGUGGGCAGGUAUUCGGCCCAGCAACGCGGCUAUCUGUCGCGCGGCCUCUCCGUCAGCCGCUCCAUAGAGAGCAUCCGCCAGAAGCUCUACGCCCCCAGCCGGCAGGCAUCCCUGGCCAUUGACGAUUCGACGGCGGUGCGCAUUGCCGGCCGGCUGACGCCCACGCAGGCAGAGCUGGGCACUCAUCUGCGCGACAAGAGCGACCUGAUGGUCUGGGCAUCCACGUCCUCCAUGCAGAAGACCCAACAGAAGCAGGCACUGCCACAGCAGCAGCAGCAGGAAGAGACAGAAACCGCCAAGGCGGACAAGAAUCGCAUCAAUCUGAAUAUUGUGCUGGCCCAGACCAUACGCGCCACCAACGAGCAGGAGGCGAUUCACAGCGACAUCGACAGCGCCACGGAGUGCAGCGAGCUGCCCAAGCAGCAGACGACAGCCGCACCUGUAACAGGAGCAGGAGCAGGAGCAGCAGCAGGAGCAGCAGCAGCAGCAGGAGCAACCACAACCGAGCAAAGCGUCUCCUCUGCUCUGACCGUGCAACGGCGUCCGCCUCUGGUGCGCGCCAUGUCCGCUCCGGUGCGCCUGGACGAGAGCAGCAAGUCCGUCCUGGCCGCGUCCAGCAAGCGCAGUCAGCAGCAGAAGCUGCGCCGCCGCAAGGUCUUCUCGCGUGCCACCUCCUCGGUGGCUGUGGCCGUGCCAGCGGACAGCAGCAGCUCCCUGCUCAGCUCCGAUGCCGGCGGCUCCACUAAGAAGUCGCUGAGUCGUGCGCGCAGCGUCAUUGCGCCGGAUGUCAUCACGCUCGUCUCGCUGCUCAGCUCCGAGGGCAGCGACUCUGAACGGGAGGAGAACUCCUCCGCGGCCACGCCCACCGGCGGCGAGAAACUGUCGACGUCAACAUCGCAGCGCAGUCCACAGCGCAGGGCGCCGCUGCUGCGCAAAACGGGCAAAUCGGUCUCGUUUCAAGAUAGCUAUCCGCCCACCUUUCAACUGGCCUCCAAGGAGUACUCGCACAUGAUCAGGCGCGGAUCGAUAGCGCCGCUGGCAGCGCGGAUUCGUGCCAAUCGGCCGCCGACGGCGCCGCCCGUCUCCAUAUUCCUGAGCGAGGCGGGCAACAAGCCGGGCGCUCAGAUGGAGUCCAGGCAGCAGGAGCUGCUGGCCGACUCAGCUGGUUCGUCCGCGGAGGAGGCCAAGAAGGAGAACAAUGCGGCCAACUGCAAUGAGGAGCAGCAGCAGCAGGACUACAAUUUCCCUCUGUACGUGUGCAGCAUCAAGGAGCGCGAGUGCUGGAAGCUGCACCAGAAGAUGUGCGCCAAGGGCGUCAGCGUUAGCUACGACACGGUGCUGCGCGGCAUGCUGACGCCCACGGAGUUCCGGCACUUCCAGAAGCAGCGCGAGCACGAGGAGGCCAAGGCGCAGGAGGCGGCCGAUGCCGAGGCCGAGGCAGCCGCCGCAGCCGAGAAGGACCACAAGAAGACGCCGACCACGGCCAUCGAACGGCUCUCCGAGUCCCUGCUGCAGCGGGACUGAAGCGCACCAGACAGAGGACCAAGUUAUAUGCAUUUGCCUCUCUCGAACAGAGAAAUCCUAGUCAACGGCCCCAAGGCAGGGCCCAAAGAGAUCUUCAAUACAGUAGCAGUAGCGCGCACUCGUUAAAUCGCAAUGCACCCAGCUGCGGCAGCCUUUUGUAGUUUCUAUCCGAACUAUCUGUAGCUGUAUCUGUAGCUGCAUCUG